ACUCGCCCAGUAAAUAAACAAACCAACGGCUGCUGAACUGAUGAGGUAAUCACAGUUGAAUUCGUCACUCUUUUGCAUAGUUCAGUUACAAAAAAUUCUUCAUCCCACACGAGAUAACAAAGUCACGGCGUGAAUUAUUAGUCACCCUUCAUUGUGUUGAAAGGAGUAAGUUAAUUCACCAAGUUACGAAUUAUUUAUUCGCUUUGCACAAAUUGUGCAUUUCUUCGCAAUUCUCAAAAAUCUUGUGCCUUGCUUGAUUUCAAUUAAGUUCAGUGUUACUUUAGGUGACAGGUAAUUAUUUCAAGACCAGUUCAUCUUGAGGGGAUUUUGUGGAAUUGAGGGAAAUUGUACAAUGGACGAUACGCUCUUCCAACUCCGUUUUACGGCUAAGCAACUUGAAAAAUUAUCUAAAAAGGCAGAGAAGGAAGAAGCUGCUCAGAAAGCAAAAGUUAAAAAAGCUCUCCAACAAGGAAACAUCGAGGGUGCAAGGAUAUAUGCAGAAAAUGCUAUUCGAAAGAAAAAUGAAGGUCUCAACUACCUCAGAAUGUCGUCCAAGGUUGACGCUGUCCGGUGCAAAGUACAGUCAGCAGUUACAAUGAAGGCGGUGGCGCAUAAUAUGCAGACCGUUGUAAAGGGCCUUGAAAAAGCUAUGAAGGCUAUGGACUUGGAAAAGGUUUCAAAAAUUAUGGAUCAGUUUGAAAGUCAAGUAGAAGACUCGGAUGUCAGAAUUUCUGUGAUGGAAGACGCAAUGGGUUCUUCAACUACUACAAGCACACCUGCACAACAAGUUGACAGCUUAAUUAACCAAAUUGCCGACGAAUAUGGACUCGAUGUACAAUCACAAAUUGCGUCUGCGGCAAUUCCCAGCACUGCAUUACGUGCUGACACUAAGAAAGAAAAGGAGGAGGAUUUAUCAAAAAGGCUGCAAGGACUUCGAAACUAAAUAAUCAAGGAGUAAUUUAUGACACAGACGACCUGAUACAAUAUACAUAAUUCCUUAUACCGCAAGAGUUUUACUUAUCGAAUGGAAUAAUACAAUAUGAUUAUCUGGAAUGAAGACUUGAAUUUUUUAUAAGACA